AAUUAAAAUAAAUAUUAAGUGGCAGGGGGUCUAGUUAGCAGAGUAGUUCAUGCAUGCACAUGGUUCAGUCUAUGUACCUCCACUCAAGGAUGUAUACUGGGGGAGUGGCAGUCCUAUAGGCUAUAUAUGAAACACCUGACAGUGAUUCACGGGAGCCGUCUUGUCCUUUUCACUCUGUCUUGUACAGGUGUGUUUUGGCAGAUUACAGACAUACACUAUGAUUUCAACUACAGCCGUUUCGGUAACCCUGGGAAGUUGUGUCAUCAAAGCAAAACCACAAAUUCAACCCGAUCUGUUGGCUUGUUUGGAAACUACAAGUGUGACUCGCCAUGGACACUUGUUACUACGGCUAUAGAUGGAAUGAAAGCAAUCAACGCUAAACCAGAUUUUAUUUUGUGGACUGGAGAUUCUAUGUCACAUGUCAGUGAUAACCAAUCGAGUUUGUUGAAGGUGUAUCUGACUAUACGUAAUGUCAGCAACUUGAUUCACUCAGCAUUUCCAAACGUCUCGGUCUUUCCUGUCCUUGGCAACCACGACCCUUAUCCAUCCAACAACAUGCCCAUUGGCUCAAACUACUAUGAAAAGAUUAUUUCUAUGUCUGGCUGGAAGCAGUUUCUUGGAAAAUCUGAACAGGAACAAUUCAUGAAAGGUGGAUUUUAUGUUUCGACUGUUGUGACUGGCAUCAGGGUAAUUGGACUGAAUACAAACCUCUUGUAUUCAAAGAAUCCAUUAGUGCAAGGUCACAAAGAUCCAUCCAACCAGUUUGCCUGGCUCAUAAAGCAGCUGGAAGAUGCCAAAAGCAAGGGACUAAAAGUAUAUAUCAUAUCCCACAUUCCACCUGGUGCGUUUGAGAGAACCAGCCUGAAGAUAAAGUGGUUUUAUCCCGAAUACAAUCAGCCGUACCUGGACAUUCUGCGACGUUACAGCGACGUCAUCCUGGCUCAGUUCUAUGGACAUGGACACACAGACAGCUUCAGAAUUCUCUACAAUAAAACUGGAUAUCCAAUCAAUGCUUUAUACCUGAGUCCGGCUGUUACCCCCUGGAAGAGCUCGCUACCCGGGACUGGCUCCAACAACCCUGCACUUCGACUGUACUACUACAACCGAAACACCGGACAAGUCCUCGACUAUGUGCAGUACUUUCUCAACCUCACCAAGGCUAAUUUAGAAAAGAAACCUGUAUGGGAGGUCGAAUAUCACGCGACUAAAGCUUACAGCAUUCCAGACAUUAGCGCACAAUCAUUAAAUAAAGUUACUAAAACAUUUCAUCGCAGCAGUCCAACAUUCGAACUGUACUUCAAGUACAACAGUGUCAGUCACGGCGUGCAAGAGACAUGUGACACUAACUGUUAUUAUAUUCAGUACUGUGCAAUAGUUAAUCUUGAUUUUAAUGAUUUCGAUCGAUGUAUUUUCUGGAGAGGAACAAUGCCACAUCCUGCGCACCAUCGUAGCACCAUCCAUCAUCACCAUCACAAGACGAAAUCACCUCCCGAUUAUGCCUUUUAUGUCAUCGGCGGCUUGGCUUUAGUUGUUCUUAUCCUCGCUCUUAUUGUAGGCUGUCUGUGUCUUGGUCGACACAAUCAAAAUGCUGGUUAUAAAUACGGAAAAUUUGUUGGCCCAGUAAACUAAAAAAGAUGUAGUUUUAAAAUUUUAUUUAACACAUUUUUUACCAGAAUUCUUUUUUAAAAUAAUAUUUUUAGAUUUUUACAAAUAUGGCUUGGAAUUUUAAAAAUUAUUUUAAAAUUUGUCUCAGAAAUUUAACAAACUAUUUGCCUUUUAACUGUUCAUUGUUAAUGUUUUCACUGAAGUAAUGUUUUCAAUAUGAUUAUGAGAUUCAUUUUAUUUUGUAAAUUCUUUGCGUAGAAUACAGAUAUCUGUGUUCCUGGGUUUUUUGGUGUUUUUUUGUUAUUUUGUUUUGUUUUAGUUUUUUGGGUCUUUUUGUUAAUUUGUUUAUAAAGGAGCUUAAUUUUUUUUUUUAAUUGGAUACAUAAUGAACAAAGUUAACCACAAAUUAAAAAAUAUAAUAAAUCCUAAAAUUACCUGCAUGUGUGAUUUUCUGGGUCAAUACAGAUUUUAAAAAAUAAUUUGAAUACAAUUGAAAACUAGAUUGAGAAACAUAUUUUGAUUGUUUAAAAUACAUGUAGCUCUAUUAAAUUUGCCUUGCAUUAUAAUGUAAUUUUUGUUAAAUUUUAUUUAUUGUCUAAUAUUUGUAAAGAUUUUAGUCUCCACUGUACUACAACACAAAAUCAGCACUGAAUGAAAUUUUAGGUGCUAUAAAUAACUAAAUUAAAAUCCUGAUGUACUUCAUAAGGAUUGACAUAUAUGUUUUUGGCCAGUGAUGUACUUGUCCAAUGUAUAACCCUAGCAGGCUCCCACCCUGUGAUAUUAUGAUUCAUGUGAUAGAACUGUGUUAUUUUUCAAUAUAUAAUGGAAAUAUGCACUUUAUGUAUACUCCCCAUGAAUGUUUUCACUAUCAUAAAUUGUAUUAGGGUCUAUUUUGUAACAAAACAAAUUAAUUUUUUACUGCUAAAUGUACAUUUCAUCCCCCUCCCCUACUAGAAAUGUGUACACAAUAUGAUUGGAAAUAUUACAUCAUAAUGAUUCAUGACCAUGUAAAUAGAAAGGAAAAUAGUCACGAGGUCCAUAUAAAUGUGUUUAUGAUGUGAUUUGCAUGGGCUUCGUUACUUAUUCUGACAAUUCAGUAUUUCUUUUUCAUGGUGUUAAUCAGUCAUAUUUGUGGCUUGCCUAUGAUAUACACAGAUGUCUGUCAUCAGGGCUGAAGUCAUUCUUUCAUCUUGAGCCAUCUCAAAUGCAGUAUAUUCAUACAAAGUACUCUGACUUGGUUGUGUGGCCAAAAACAAUGUUUGGUGUACAUGCUGUAUAUGCGAGUAGGACCCCUUCAUAUAAAAUUUAAGUUUAGUCUCAAGAAUGUAAAUUAGUGACCCCAUUACAAACGGGAGCGGGACGUAGCCCAGUGGUAAAGCGCUCGCUCAAUGCACGGUCAGUCUGGGAUCGAUCCCUGAUGGUGGGCCCAUUGGGCUAUUUCUUGUUCCAGCAUAUCCAAGGCUGUGGUAUGUACUACCCUGUCGGUGGGAUGGUGCAUAUAAAAGAUCCCUUGCUGCUAAUUGAAAAGAGUAGCCCAUGAAGUGGCAACAGCAGGUUUCUUCUCUCAAUAAGCACAAUUCAUGGUUUUGACCUAAACGUGAUGUGACGUAGACUAUGAAUGUGGCCUGAUCUGGUUUAGAUACAUUUCAUAGGAAACAAAUGCUGCUUUAUGCUAGGGUCAGACUACUAACUACCACCAGAAUGUUGGCCAAUUUGACGGUUGCAUUGUAAUUUUACCAACUCCUGACUUACCACGGAUGCAUUCAGAUUAACAACUAAUGGGUUAUAUACGAGAAUUGAAUUGUAAGAGUGCUGGCAUUAGAUAGAGUGUAUUUUUCUAUGUGUGCAUACAUGCUGUGUGUACAUAUGUAUGUUUGUCUUGUUUUUACAUUACUUAAAACGUUUUUGUUCAUUUUAAUAUCAUUAUCACCAUUACAGAUAACAUGUUACUAAUAUCUGUCUUAUCUAAAUAUUUAAUAUGCAUCAACCGGUACAUAUGUUAAUUUGUUCUGGAAUUUUGUUGUUCUGUAUUUAGGACAAAUAUAAACAUUAUUUAUUUCUCUAUUCUUUUAUACAUUUUUUAUUGUUUUUGUUUUAAACUGAAGUUAAAUCAGAAUGAACACAGAAUAAAAUCUUCAUAGGUCAAAUUA